AACCCCAUAUCAUGCCCGAUACCUCCCCACCAGUAACCCCUCAGCUGAAGAUGUAACUUAAGUAGGAUCUAGGCAUGUUCGGAGAAUUCUUCAGAGUGCUGAGACGAAGUAAAUAGUAUAACAGGAAAACAGAGAGGCUGGAUAAAAUAACCUAAGUCCUAAGUCUACAAGUUGCAUCUCUCCUCAGUACCUACCUAAGUCAUAAUGUGGAAACCACACGCUCCACCGCCUACUCGCAUCACUAAGUCACCGGAUCCAGAGCCUAAGAGGGCUGUACGCCGUAUCGCACAGAUUGUCAAGUUGAAGCCGGAGUUUAUUGCCAAAUAUAAAGAAGUCCACGCCGCCGUGUGGCCCGAGGUUCUAGAACAAAUCAGGGCCUGCAAUAUUGAGGACUAUAGCAUAUUCCACGACCCCGGUACAGGAAUUCUCUUUGCAAACUUUAAGUAUGUUGGGAACGACUACGCAAGCGACAUGGAACGCAUGCGCGAAAAUCCAAAGGUUAAGGAGUGGUGGGCCAUGACCGAUGGGUUCCAAGAGAGUUUCGUACCUGGUGCUUAUGGUAGUGAGUCUGGCCCCCCGUGGUGGAGAGAGGUCGAAGAGGUGUUUUACCUAGAGUAGAGCAGAAAGGCAAUAUCAACGGUGGCAGAAAUACAUACGAGACUCUAUUCCGCG